AUAACCUGGUGUUGGGUGAAAUUUUAACCCCAGUCCACCCCAGUCUAACACGAGCACUUCCGCAUCUCGCUCCCGCGAGCCGGUUGCCCUGGGAACCGUUGCUCCUGGAGACGGGCGAAACAAUUGGAGGGGGCGGGGCCUCUGCGACCGCGCUCCUGACCCCGGCCGCUUGGAACCCGAUGACGUCACCGCCGGCUACAGCGCUUCCCAUUGGCUGCCCCCCUUGUCGACGUCACAAAGCGGAGAGCAGUCAUGGGAGGCGCGGUCACCCUGGAAACCGUUGCUCCUGAAAGGACCAAGGGGAACAAUGCCGGCGCUCUCGUGUCCGCGCCUGGAACCCGACGACGUCACCGGCGGCUACAGCGCUUCCCGUUGGCUGCCUCGGGCCGGCCCCACCCUCCCGCGUCGACGUCACGAAGCGGAGGGCAGUCGGGGAGGCGCGGUCGCCCUGGAAACCGUCGCUCCUGAAAGGGCCAAGGGGAACAAUGCCGGAGCGCUGGUGUCCGCGCCUGGAACCCGAUGACGUCACCGGCGCCUGCCGCGCGCCCUAUUGACCGCUUUAGGCGCCCCCCCCCCCACGUUCCAUCGAGGACGUCACAACGCGGAAGUGGUCCAGUCAAUUUCAGGGUGGAGCUGUCCUCCUCUCUGUGUGUAACAUCUGGGAGCUCAGCCAUGUCUCUUCCUCAUUUUCCAUUUCUUUUCUUAUCCUUGGGGUGAGUGAGAGGGCAAAGCUGUUCCCUUGCAGCAGCUGAAGGAAGGGGAAGUGGAUGCAGGGAGCAAGUCAGGCUCUGCAAAGGCUAAUUGAAGGGGAAGAUUCACACACACAAGUUCCAGAGCAAACACCAAUAUCUUACAGCGUCACUCAAUUCAUUGGAGUGGAAUAUCAUCGACACUUAAACCAAGAAAGAGAAAUGUUUGCCUGUUAUGUCUGCUGCAACAGAUUUUAAACAUCACUGUGACUGGAGAUGUCACACAGUGUUCUGCUGCACUAACUGAUCGCUACACUCUGAGAAAAGUAUCACAGCAUUCUCGUCGGGAAAAGGCUGUACCCUUGUUCAGGUGGGGUGCAAAGCUUUGACCGAUCAUCUAACUUGGAAAGACCCGCCAUGGAGAAGCCAUGGAAAUGCAGGGACUGUGGGAAGGGAUUCUCGUUCCCCUCUGCCCUGGCAAUUCACCGACGCACUCACACCGGGGAGAGGCCGUUCACCUGCUGCGUGUGCGGCAACGGAUUCACUCACUUCUCCCAUUUGGUGGCCCACCGACGGAUCCACACCGGGGAGAGGCCGUUCCGAUGCUCCGAGUGCGGCAAGGGCUUUGCUCAGUCGUCCCACCUGAUCACCCACCAGCGGGUGCACACCGGCGAGAGGCCAUUCCGCUGCUCCGAGUGCGGGAAGGCCUUCGCUCAGCUGUCUCACCUGCAGCUGCACCGGCGGGUGCACAGCAGGGAGAGGCCGUUCGGCUGCUCCGAGUGCGGCAAGGGCUUCGGCGACUCGGCCGCCCUGGAGAAUCACCGCGCGGUCCACUCCGGCGAGAGGCGGCUGGCCUGCACCUCGUGCGGCAGGCAGUUCACCCGACUCACCAACCUGCGGCGGCACCAGCGGGCGCACACCGGGGAGAGGCCGUUUGCCUGCUCCUCCUGCGGCAAGGCCUUCACCCGCUCGACCAGCCUGGUGGCCCACCGCCGGGUCCACACCGGGGAGCGGCCCUUCGCCUGCCCGGUCUGCGGGAAGGGCUUUGCCGACCCGUCCACCCUCUGGCAGCACCGGCGCAUCCACACAGGGGAGAGGCCGUUCACCUGCUCAGUGUGCGGGAAGGCCUUCAUUCGGUUGGCCCACCUACAACUGCACCAACGGGUCCACUCCAAGUAGAGGCCGCUGAGCACGGGAAAGGAAUUUGUCGCUUCCCUGAGGAAAGACCCUACGAGGGAGAGAGAGACCGUUGGUUCUGCUCUGCACACGAGAAGAGCUGAACUGAGCCAUUGCAAGUUCAGUGAUUUAAGCGCAUCUAGCUGCCCCGGCCUUAUUUCGUAAUUAUUUUUAUCAACGGGUUCAGACACAUCAUGAUUUGAUUCGAUUUACUGUUGUCACGUGUCCCGAGAUACAGUGAAAAGUGUUGUUUUGCAAGCUAUACUGGAAGAUUGUACCAGACAAGGUCCCAGCAAGGGGGGGGGGGGGAGGCAGAAUACAGUGUUACAGCUGCAAAGAGCGAAAUCUGCAUUAACACACCCCUCUCCCAAUUUAC